CAAGAGCCGGUCAUACCAUUCUUCCUGUCAGCCCCUACAGAAGGCCAAACUGCACAACCUACUGGGUUUCUCAGGCCAGAGGUGAUGCAGAGAUUGCAGCAUGAUCACUCUAUACUCCUGCGAGGAUCUGGCAACUCUCCAUGGUUACUUGGCAACUCUGAAGGGAUGCAGUUCGUCUCAUUUUCACCUGCCGUCAACCGAGAUGGUAAACAAUCCAGGACAUUCUACAUCAACCAACUCGUCGCAGAAUGGAGGAAGCAAGGAUUAUUCCAGGAUAUUUUGCGAGGCUGGAGCAACGAGGACUUUCCAAUUUACCACUAUACACCUGUAUCUAAUCACUCUCCGGAGGCCGUCAACGACCCUGUUGCUUUUUCAAUCGAGCGUGCUGCUCUGCCUCUAUUCGGAUUUGCUAACUUUGGAUGUUUACUCACUGCAUAUUACCGUUCUCCUGACACGGGAAAAACAAUGUUUUGGAUUCCACGCAGAUCGAAAACAAAGCGCACUUGGCCUGGUCGUUUGGACGUCACCGUCGGCGGAGGAAUGAGUACCGGAGAUACUGCUUCGGCCACUAUCAUCCGCGAGUGCGCAGAGGAAGCAUCUCUUGAUGCCAAUUUCGUACAGGAAAACCUUCGGCCUGCUGGGGUUUUACCUUUCCCCAACAGAUCUCCUGCUGGCUGGAUUCUUCCUGGCCUGUAUUACCUCUUCGACCUUCCCUUACCAUCGGAUGGAUCUGUGCGGCCGAAGGUUAAUACAGCGGAUGGUGAGGUUGAAGAGUUCGAACUCAUGGAUGCACAGACAGUACUAGAUAACCUCGUUACCGGAGUUUUCAAACCGAGUUCCGCGCUCGCGCUUGUAGACUUUCUGAUCAGGCACGGUUUUGUAACCGAAGAAACGGAUCCGCGGUUUGUGGAUAUCUGUCUUCAAUUGAGACAGCCGAUGUCUUUGCCCCUC